AAUGGCGCUAUAGUGCACGUGCUUAAGGCCAAACAGGCUAGUGGCGAUUUUAAUGGAUUCCCAGAAAGUUCGAAAAAAUACGUAAUGAAGGUGGCUUGUAUGGGUGACAUGAAAAUUGUCUUGGGGAAAUGUGGAGCGCCUGUUCGAUUAUUACCGGUCAAGGUCCGAAAACAAAUACGGACAAAUCCGACCGCCCAUCUUACUGUGCCUGAUCCGGAUGUAACCGACAUUUUCCUAGAUGAGCAUGAUGAAUAUAUGAUUUUGGCAAACAAGACGCUCUGGGACGUAAUGACACCAGAAAACGCUAUAAACGAAGUUAGCUUACAGCGUAAUGUGAUUUUAGCAGCGAAGCGCUUACAGGAUCUAGCUCAGAGUUAUGGAGCGGAGGAUAACUUAAGCAUAAUUGUCGUAAAAUUUAACUUGAUCAGUUCCGAUGUGGACUUGCUAAUGAGGGAACUGCGACAAACUUUCAUUAAAAAUAAAUAUCACAGCGGCGAUAGCACAAAUUCAAUGUGCCAGCCAGGGUGCUGCUGUGAGGCUUUAAAUAACGAAUGUAUUAACUGUAUUGAUCGAAUAGUCAUCCCUCCGCCCACUAUAAUGGGCGAAGAAAGAUCGUCUCCCAGCGGGCAAAGUGAACAUGCUUGUAGCGAUUGUAAUUCAUCUUCAAAAAUGUUCAUCAACCAGUUGGCUAAACAGCCAGAUGGAAAGUUAUUAAGAAGCGUUACACCAUCACUCUUUGAAACUGUUGAGGUUAAGCUCAAUCCAGAACGGAGAAGUUAUCGGGGAGUGGCAAAAGCACUCAAGCAGAGACGGGAAGAAGAGAGGAAUAGAGAAGUUGAUUCUGAUUCAGCAUUGUCGGAAGAACAAUUUAAAUGCUGGGAGUAUAUGCUCGAGCAAAAUACGCAGCUUUUAUUUGACAAGGAGCUUAACACUUUGAAUAGAGGUUUGAAGAAUAAUCAGCACUUUAGAGUUAAAACUCCAAAUUUAAGCCGAAGCAGUCCUCAUUUGGCGUCGAGGGAUACUAAUAACAAUAGUCCUGUAGGUGCGCCGUUCUUGUCCAAGCAGUUCGGCAGCUCACAUUCGUUUAACCCGAUCCGCUCGAGAUCCUUGUCCAAGUCAACCUCUCGACUUGCCAUGGACAGCAAGAAGCAGCAGUUAAUAGGGGGGCCAAAUGCUGCAUACUUUGGGAGUUUGCAGAGACUGAUGCCCUACAAUUUGGAGUACGAUUUUGCACUAAUGCACGAGAGGGGACUGGUUGAUUCGAUGGAUUUGGACCGGAUGCAACAAUACUGGGGAGUGGCUACAACAGAGUUAUAGUGGGAAUUACUUAACAUGUACAAAUUCACUUCAUAUCUGCAGUUCCACUAAAUGUGUAUUAGUAUUUAACAGUCAUUUUCAAGUAAAUUUAGUUACUGCUAAGCUGAUGUAAAGAAAUGCAUGCAUUUUGGCUCAACAGUAGUUGAAAACACGAAAUAAAAAUAUUAUGAAUCUAA